AUGGUGAUGUCACUCUACCAGGCUAUGGUUGCAUACGUGCUGCUGCUGUGGUUUGUAGAGGUGUGUAUGGGGAUGCCUGACCCCAGGCAGAGGGACAUGCUGAUGCGUCAGGAGGUUUCCAGACAGACCGGAGGCAGAGUGAUACUGACAGCGGCGGAGCAGAGGCUUGACGCUUACCUCCAUCGGUUAAAGCAGCAAGAGAUGUCUGCUGCACAGUUUCCCCCUGCUGUGCACUUCUUCAAGGCAAAGCCCCUCAUCCAAAGCAGCCCGGUUUUCAGCCUGCUGCGAAAGAUGCCUAAAGGCGGAGCUCUCCACAUCCACCAUUCAUCUCUGGUCAGUGUUGAAUGGCUGGUGAAAAAUGUCACCUACAGGCCCCACUGUUACAUCUGCUUCACAUGGGACAACUCGGUCCGCUUCCUCUUUUCCAGCCGCCAGCCGUUCCCUCGCUGGGACUGUUUCUACUGGCAGCUGCUGGAGACCUUGAGAGCCAAAAUGGGAGACUGUACAGACUUUGAUAACAGUUUAAUACAGAACCUAACAUUGUUCACUGAGGAUCCAGACACGGCAUAUCCAAGUCAAGAUAUUGUGUGGGAGAAGUUUGAGAAAGCCUUCAUUUCAGCUGCUGGACUCAUCACCCAUGCCCCUGUGCUUAAGGAUUACUUCUACAGGGGUCUAGAAGAGCUCCAUCAAGACAACGUCAUGUACCUGGAACUCAGAAGUGGCCUGUCCAGGACCUACGAGCUGGAUGGGACCAUUCACGACAAGAUCUGGUCUCUGAAAACCUUUCAAGAAGCCACGAAGCAGUUUGUGGCAGAUCACCCGGACUUCCUUGGAGCGCGUAUCAUUAUAACUGCCCACAGAGCACUGAGUGUAUCUGAGGUCAAAGCAGCUGUGAAGGAGGCCAUUCAGAUGCAGAGGGACUUCCCAGACGUUGUGGCGGGGUUUGACCUGGUUGGCAGGGAGGACAGUGGCAGGACUCUGUGGUACUUCAGGGAGGCUCUGUCACUGCCAGCUGAUCUGGGGGUCACACUGCCUUACUUCUUUCAUGCUGGGGAGACAGAUGAAGAAGGCACUGAUGUGGAUCAAAACAUUCUCGAUGCCCUUCUGUUCAACACCACUCGCAUUGGCCAUGGCUAUGCGCUGGCACACCACCCACUUGCUAAGGAACUCUCCAGGAAGAAAAACGUGGCAGUGGAGGUGUGCCCCAUCUCAAACCAGGUGCUGAAGCUAAUAUUGGACCUGCGGAACCACCCGGCUGCUGUGCUGAUGUCUGAGGGCCACCCGCUGGUGAUCAGCUCCGAUGACCCCUCUCUGUUCGGCACCACCGGCCUCUCCUAUGACUUCUACCAAGCCUUUGUGGGCAUCGGGGGGUUAAAGGCAAACCUGGGCACGCUCAAAGAACUGGCCAUCAACUCUAUCAGGUACAGCUCGCUGCCGCCUCAUCUGAAGGAGACGGGCCUCGCCAUGUGGCAGAACAAGUGGGAUGUCUUCAUCUCUGACUUUUUAUGAAAGUCAGACCAUAAAGGGACCUAUGUGACUUGAAUAGUGUUAGUAAUGUUAG